CCUCAGCCCGAUGGCGGCUGCGACUCGUCCCCGCCUCAUGGCCACGGGGCCAAGCCCAGCUGGUGCCCGGCCGCGGCUCCGCAGCAGCUCUCGUCAACGGCCCCGGCCGCCGAGAACGCGACGGGGGGGAAGUGCUGCUUCAACGGGUGCGGCGACGAGGACUCGUGCGUGACGGGCUACUGCGGCUCGCGGGAGCUGUGCCUGAAGCCUCAGCUCGAUGGCGGCUGCGACUCGUCCCCGCCUCAUGGCCAUGGGGCCAAGCCCAGCUGGUGCCCGGCCGCGGCUCCGCAGCAGCUCUCGUCCACGGCCCCGGCCGCCGAGAAUGCGAGGGGGGGGAAGUGCUGCUUCAACGGGUGCGGCGACGAGGACUCGUGCGUGACGGGCUACUGCGGCUCGCGGGAGCUGUGCCUGAAGCCUCAGCUCGAUGGCGGCUGCGACUCGUCCCCGCCUCAUGGCCACGGGGCCAAGCCCAGCUGGUGCCCGGCCGCGGCUCCGCAGCAGCUCUCGUCAACGGCACCGGCCGCCGAGAACGCGACGGGGGGCAAGUGCUGCUUCAACGGGUGCGGCGACGAGGACUCGUGCGUGACGGGCUACUGCGGCUCGCGGGAGCUGUGCCUGAAGCCUCAGCCCGAUGGCGGCUGCGACUCGUCCCCGCCUCAUGGCCACGGGGCCAAGCCCAGCUGGUGCCCGGCCGCGGCUCCGCAGCAGCUCUCGUCAACGGCCCCGGCCGCCGAGAACGCGACGGGGGGGAAGUGCUGCUUCAACGGGUGCGGCGACGAGGACUCGUGCGUGACGGGCUACUGCGGCUCGCGGGAGCUGUGCCUGAAGCCUCAGCUCGAUGGCGGCUGCGACUCGUCCCCGCCUCAUGGCCAUGGGGCCAAGCCCAGCUGGUGCCCGGCCGCGGCUCCGCAGCAGCUCUCGUCCACGGCCCCGGCCGCCGAGAAUGCGAGGGGGGGGAAGUGCUGCUUCAACGGGUGCGGCGACGAGGACUCGUGCGUGACGGGCUACUGCGCUCUCAGCCCCGAUGCGGCUGCGAAUCGUCCUGCCUUCCAUGGCCACGGGGCCAAGCCCAGCUGGUGCCCGGCCGCGGCUCCGCAGCAGCUCUCGUCAACGGCCCCGGCCGCCGAGAACGCGACGGGGGGCAAGUGUUGCUUCAACGGGUGCGGCGACGAGGACUCGUGCGUGACGGGCUACUGCGGCUCGCGGGAGCUGUGCCUGAAGCCUCAGCCCGAUGGCGGCUGCGACUCGUCCCCGCCUCAUGGCCACGGGGCCAAGCCCAGCUGCUGUGCCCGGAGGUGCUGCUUCAACGGGUGCGGCGACGAGGACUCGUGCGUGACGGGCUACUGCGGCUCGCGGGAGCUGUGCCUGAAGCCUCAGCCCGAUGGCGGCUGCGACUCGUCCCCGCCUCACGGCCACGGGGCCAAGCCCAGCUGGUGCCCGGCCGACUCGUGCGUGAUGGGCUACUGCGGCUCGCGGGAGCUGUGCCUGAAGCCUCAGCCCGAUGGCGGCUGUGACUCGUCCCCUCCUCACGGCCAGGGCGCCAAGCCCAGCUGGUGCGUCUGGUGAACGCGCAUGCUGCACGCAUGAGGCGUUCAACUUGUUGUUCUGUGUGCACGAUUUGAAGAUGCAGUAGCUGCUCUACGUACAGAAUUUGUGUAAUACCAACGAGUGCAGUUGCUGUGAUAGCGUUUGCAAGUUUCAGUGUGGUUUUGUCAUCUGUGCGUUUUAGCCGAGUUCGAUACCUGGUCGUUGCCAUUGUUGCUCCAAGAGCGUGCAACGUUUGCAUACAGGAAGGCCGCAGGUACGUACCGCAUUUGGGACACUUUUCGAACAUAUGCGGGUGAGCGCAACUACUCGACUACCUUUGACGUCGUGGCCUUCGCGUAUACUGCGAAGGCCUUACAGCUGGUGCCCAUUUCACGUGCCGACAGCCGACAGGACACACGCAC